AUGGGAGGAUACGGAGGCGGUAUGGGAGGCGGCAUGAUGGGAGGAUAUGGUGGAUACGGCAGCGGUAUGGGAGGAUACGGCGGAUACGGCAGUGGUAUGGGAGGAUACGGUGGAUACGGAAGCGGUAUGGGAGGAUACGGAGGCGGUAUGGGAGGCGGCAUGAUGGGAGGUUACGGUGGAUACGGCCAAGGCAUGAUGGGAGGUUAUGGCGGAUACGGAGGCCAAGGUAUGGGAGGAUACGGAGGCGGUAUGGGAGGUGGUAUGGGAGGCGGCAUGAUGGGCGGAUAUGGAGGUUAUGGUGGAUACGGAGGUGGAAUGAUGGGAGGUUCUGGUGGAUACGGAGGUGGCAUGAUGGGAGGUUUCGGACGCAAGAAGAAGGGAUACUAUUAA